AUGCCCGUGCUGUAUUACAUGUCUUGGGCCUCACGCCCCUGCACGCCCAUACAACCCCUGUUUCUUACCCCUCCCGCCCAACCCUCCGACCAUCCUUUCUCUCACGCCCACGCCCCUCCGCCCGAUCACCCUCCUGUUUCUACCCCUUCCACGCCCAACCCUCGACAUCCCUUCUCUCACGCCACGCCCUGCACGCGCCAUACACCUCUGUUUCUUAACCCCGCCCGCCCAACCCUCGACCAUCCUUAUCUCUCAGCCCACGCCCCUGCACGACCAUCACCCUCUGUCUUCUACCCCUCCCCGCCCAACCCUCGACCAUCCUUUUCUUCUACACGCCCACGCCCCUGCACGCCCAUACACCUCUGUUUUACCCUCCCGGCCCACCUCGACCAUCCUUUCUCUACUGCCCACGGCCCCUGCACGCCAUACACCCUCUUUCUGACCCCUCCCGCCAACCCUCGACCAUCUUUCAUCGUCACGCCCACGUCCCUGCACGCCCGUACACCUCUGUCUUCUACCGCCUCCCGACCCAACCCUCGACCAUUCCCUUCUCUCACGCCACCGCCCCUGCGAGCCCAUACACUCUCUGUUUCUACCCCUCCCGCCAACCCCGACCAUCCAUAUUCAUCUCACGCCCAGCCCCUCACGCCCAUAACACCCUCUUUUCAUACCCCUCCCGCCCAACCUCGACCAUCCUUGUCAUCUUCACGGCCCACGCCCCUGGCACGCCCAUAA